AUGGCCGUGGACGAUGUUAUCCAUCAAAUUCUCCCUCUCCUUCCCACCAAAUCUGCCGUCCGAAUGAGCUGUCUUUCAAAGCAAUGGCAAGCUGUAUGGUUUUCCCUCUCUAUAUUAGAUUUCGAUGAAGGCGAUCCGGCGCAUGAUAGUGACAAUAAGCUUGAGAAACUUCAACAUACAAACUUCAUCAACAUCUUGGAUAGGUAUUGCCGGAAUGCAAAAAACAAGAAGCUCUUAGAAAAGUUCAGGCUUCGCAUGACUACGUUCAGUAUAGUUAGAGACUCUGUUGUGGUAAAUAAGUGUUUGAGUUUUGCAGUUGGGAGAAGCCUCAAAGAAUUAGACAUCAGCCUAAGACCUAAGCAUAGGCCGUUCCUUUGCUGUUUAUCACUUCAGACCCUUCUUGAUGCAAAAUCUUUAACUACCUUAAGUUUGGAGUUUGUGAGAAUAAAGGUGGAUGACAAUACUAGUUAUUACCUUGAAACCCUUCCGUCUUUGAAAAGUUUGUCACUCAAGAGUGUACAACUGAUUUCAGAGGCUUUGUCGCUUUUAGUUUCGGGUUGCCCUUCGAUUGAGUAUUUGUCACUAUGCUCAUGUACGUUCUAG